AUGGCUGAAUCAUAUAAAUAUACCCUGUAUACCUACUUCCGAUCCUCCUGCUCGGCGCGGGUACGCAUCGCUGCACACAUCAAGGGGAUUCCAGUGGAGUACAAGUACAUCCAUCUGGUGAAAGGCGAGCAACAUGCGCGCGAAUACACGGUCCACAACCCUAGCGAGUCUGUGCCAACGCUCAUCGUCACCGACACCCACACAGGCAAGAUCGUGACAAAGAUACGCCAAUCGCCGGCGAUCCUCGAAUUCCUCGAGGAGACCACGCCUGACCUGCAUAAACUACUUCCGCCUCUUGAUGAUCCAGUCGGGCGAGCCAAGGUGCGCGAACUGUUGGAUAUUAUUGCUUGUGAUGUUCAACCGGUCACGAAUCUCAGAGUCUUGAACUUCAUCAAACCACUCAAUGUAGAGGCAAAGGACUGGCAGCAUCACUUCAUGACUCUUGAUUGUGCCCUGGCUCCAGCGAUCGAUGGGGCGUUGAGAUUUGGUGUUGAUGUGCAGGGUGGAUUUCCUCAUAUCUGGAAGGUGUGGGAGAACUUGCAAGUCGUAGAAGCCUUCAAGAAGGGCAGAUGGGAUAAUCAGGAAGAUACCCCCCAAGAACUCAGGACCAAGGAGUGA